UUUGCGUGGUUUGUUUGUCGAUCUCAACGAUCGCUGGUCCACCCCGCUGCCCGGCUGGACAUUUAAUUUUCACUCGCGUAACGAAACGGACCACGUCUUCGUUCGUCCAACGUGUGCUCGCUUGUUCACUUUUCAGCCCUUAUAUUAGUGGAGUAAUACAGUGAUUCUUGCUCAUCAUCCCGUUUAAUUACGAUGGCCCAAUCAAGCAGCAACGAUGGUUUCCUUCCCCAGCCGAAGGGAUUCGCUACCAAGGCGAUACACGUUGGACAGGAACCGGAGCAGUGGACCAGCAUGGCGGUUGUCCCACCGAUCAGCAUGAGCACCACGUUCAAGCAGUCCGGUCCUGGACAGCAUGCGGGUUUCGAGUACGGCCGAAGCGGCAAUCCAACGCGCGAUGUGCUGGAACGCUGCAUUGCCUCCCUUGACAAUGGUCGUUUUGGGCUUACCUUUUCUUCCGGACUGGGUGCAACGACGACGAUCAUUACGAUGCUGCAGAAUGGUGAUCAUAUCGUGGCUGGUGACGAUCUGUACGGUGGUACGAACCGUCUGCUGCGUAACGUUGCCCUGAAGAUGGGCAUCGAGGUUGAUUUCGUCGAUCUGACCAACCUGCAGCUGGUCGAGCAGGCAAUCAAACCGAACACGAAACUGUUCUGGAUGGAAACGCCUACUAAUCCACUGUUGAAGGUGAUCGAUAUACGCGCAGUUUCGGACAUUGCUCACAAGCAACAGGAUAUCGUAGUAGUUGUGGACAAUACAUUCCUCUCUUCGUAUCUUCAACGGCCACUAGACCUGGGUGCGGAUGUCGUUAUGUACUCGCUCACUAAAUACAUGAACGGACACUCGGACGUCAUUAUGGGUGCCAUGGUUACCAACGACGAGCAAGUGUACGAACGUUUGAAAUUCUUGCAAAACGCUGCCGGUAUUGUACCAUCACCAUUCGAUUGCUAUCUGGUGAAUCGUAGCUUGAAAACGCUCGCCUUGCGCAUGGAACGUCACAAGAGCAAUUCGCUGGCCAUUGCCAAAUUUCUGCAAACUCACCCGAACGUGGAACGGGUGCUGCAUCCGGGACUGGAGAGCCAUCCGCAGCACGAGCUGGCCAAGCGUCAAACGUACGGGCACAGUGGCAUCAUGUCGUUCUACAUCCGUGGUGGGCUCGAGGAGUCUAGCAACUUCCUGAAGGCACUGCAGGUGUUUACGCUCGCCGAAAGUCUUGGCGGGUACGAAAGUUUGGCUGAAUUGCCAUCGGUAAUGACGCACGCAUCGGUCCCACUGGAACAGCGGCAAGUGCUCGGUAUAACCGAUGGGCUGGUACGUUUAUCUGUUGGUUUGGAAGAUGUGGAUGAUCUGAUCGCUGAUUUGAAGCAAGCAUUGGCAAAGGUAUAAAUUGUAACCGCGCAACAACACAAGCAACAGGAAAGACAAAAAAAGUCAUUUAGUCCGCUCAUGAAUGGUUUGGAAAGAAAACGUACAAAAGGAAAACAAAUAUAUACACAUAACAACAAUAAACGCGACUGCCAUCGAAACUUCUGAAA